AUGGGAUGGUCUGACAUGCGCCUGCGAGCUCAGGGAAAGUUUACUGCUGCGUUUUGUGGAGGCAAACACUGCAAGAAGGUCUUGGAGGAUGAACUCGGAGCCCCGGCGAGCAGCUACGAGGCUCUGCUGCUCUCUGCUGGGAAAUGCAGGCAGAGCCCUCGCAAGAGGCCGAGUCUGCGUCUUCCGCCACCUCUGCCGCCUACGGUGAGCGACGAGCGGCAGAAGAGGCCGGCGCCGGGGGAAGACGAAGCGCAACGCUGCCCUGCCAUGGAGAGUCGGGGGCUGCAAAAGCCCAAUGAUCCUUCAGUAUCUGAAGCAGAGGAAUCUAGCAUACCACCAGCUGCUGAAAUGUCUGAGGACCAGGCACCUACAGUUGAAUUUCCACCGUCACUGGAUGACUUACCUGGGAUUAAAACACCAGCAUCUGCAGAACAGCCAUCUGUAGUGGAAUUGCCAGUGCCUGCAGACCAGUUGGCUGGCGGUAAAACACCUGGGGCUCAGUCAUCAGCAACUGUAGUCAAGCCAACAGAGACUACAUGUGAACCAUUGGAGCAGCCAACAGUGUAUGAAGACCCCUUUGAAGUCUCCAUUAAGUACAUGGAGAAACACAAUAUUCUGCAGAUAUUUCAGGAGAUCACAGAAAAACUGGUGUACCAGAAGCCCGAUGACCCCUUGCAGUUCAUGUUGCUGCAGGUACAGUCUAUGAUAAAUGCCAGGCAGGCAGAAAUGGAGGGAAUAUUGGAGGAGAAUGAAGAUGCAGAGGUGUUUCUGGAAGAGGUCCUGUGCACUCCUUUUGACCCCUACUGACCUUGCCAUUGUGGUGUUGCAUGGGACCUUCACAGCACCAUGCUUUUGUAGUCGUUGGCAGUAACUCGGAACAGGUCUGCUCGUAUCUCUGUUUCCUGAUUUUUCUGUUCUGUAUGCUUGUGCUUCCCCUUGGGUUUAAAUCCUGCAACCAUGUAUUGGUUUGGAUGCACAAACUCAAAUCUCAAAGCAUGCAUGGACCUGCAUGCACAUAUGGCACAUCUUGAAGGGGCAGGUCUGCUGAACUGCUACGUGGUCUGUGCAUACAAAUGCAUAAAUACCACAUGUAGGCCACCCCUAGACUCUGCUUUUUCAUGCAGAGAAACCUCACGGCUCAGACAAUGCAAGCACAAAAGCAAGUGGAAUUAAAAAGCAGCUCUAGACAGCCCACAGUCCUCUCUUUUUUCGUGCUGCAUUGGUGGCUUACUGCUUCCAGCUAUGCAGCAAUGCCAAUGCCUAUCUAAUACUUUGAGAGGCUGGGUCUGUGGCUUUCCCACUGCCCCCAGAGCUUCUCUGAUGCAAGAAGCUGUCUCUCUGCCUCUUCCACACACUGAGUACAGCUGUCUUACCCUUAACAAUCCCUGUUGAGUUCCAAUCACUCUGCUUUUUGGGGUUGCCCUGCUCGUAUCAUUGCAAGUACAAUGUAUAUUUUGAUAACCAGAACAGAAAAGCAACAGUUGCACGCACCCUCUGUGGCUUCAGAAGACAUUGUCACUCAGGAAUGUGGGAGGUGAAUUGAACUAAACCAACCAAAACCAAUUUCCUGGUAGCCCAGGAAAUUCAGAGUCAAGGUACACUUUGCAAACACAUCUUUUGAACUGCUUUUGAUUCUCAAAACACUUACAAUCCUGAUUUUCAUACUAUCCAAGUGUUUGUUUCCACCCUAUAAAGAAACUUUGUCUUUGUUUUUCUUGUCACUUGCCUGAAGAUUAUUGAAAAUGUGCAACAGAACAUACUGUUAUUUUGGCUUCAUUUAAUGUGUAUGUGCAAUAGAUGCCAGAAAGUUUUUUGUCACUACAGACUUUUCUCUUUUUUUAGGCAAGUGCUUUAAUUUCAUGAUGGAUGGUAGUGUAUUCCCAAAUGACUGUCUCUAUGGCUAUGAAGAGAGCACCAUAGAAACUUCCAUCUAUCUAUUUUCAGCUAAAAGUCUGAUGAUUAGAUUGUGUGACACUCCACAGCAGAGCUUGGGCCUGAGAAGAGUUGCCUUUCUAUCUCAGAUUCUCAAAAAUGAUGAGUUAACUCAUGUGUUUCCAUCUUAAAGGCAGGUAAGCACCCCUGUCAUUCAUAAGGCAGGGAUGUUUUCAAGGUUAUUGUGAGCCUAAAUAUGGCUCAAGAUUAAGAUAAAAUCUUCAUGGGUUUUAUAAGAGGUUUGAUGUAGACUUAGACCUCUAGAUCCCACUAAAGCAGUGAGAUGCUUUUGAAAACCCUACUUCAGCAACUGGAAGAAUUGGACGCUUAAUGAAACAGAGACACUGAUUGUUUUUCAGCCUGAUAUAUUUGUGAUCAAGAAUUUAUAAGCAGCCCCAUGCAUACGUGCCCUGUGAACGUAAAAGAAGUGCUAAUGCACCUCUGUCAAACAGGAAAUGCAUGGAAGAUAGUGGCUGAAGCCUUUUCAUCUCCAUGGUCACUUGUCAGCAUGUUUUCCCAAGAAAUGGAGGAGUUGGUAUGCCUUUGAAUUUUGUUGUAGAACAGGAUUAGGAUGCUUUUGGAUACAGCCUUAGCUGUGAAUUUCUUGCUUCUAUCAUUUGUGUAUUGUAUUUUGUUGUUCUCUUUUACUUAUGAAAAACUUUUGACUUGUAAUAUAUUCUUGGACUAUAGGUGUAUGCCCUCAACUUCAUGUCAACAUUAGAGGAGUUAUACAAGGAAAGAUCCUUAAUUUCUCUUUCAGAUAAGUUGAGGUGAGCUGGAAAGUAAUCUUCUUACAGAUGACAGAAGUUUUCCAACAGAGACCCUACCCAGUGUUCCUCAGCAAUCUCAGGGCCAAAAUUUUCCUUUGGUGACCUGACCACCUUAUCUCAGGCUAACAAAGUUGCUGCGUGGUAGCCCCAGUGCACGUAUGAGAGAGCAGCUGUCUUUUCUGUUUCUCAGGACCGACAUCCCUGUCCUUUGAGGAGCAGCAGUUGUAUAGAAAUGAAUGAGGCUGUACUCAGGACAGUUGCGUGGGCCUGGAGUUGACAUGUGUAGCUGGCAAGAGACUGUGGAAGGCAAUAGGCCCAUGACAACCCUUCAGCUUUCACAGACUUAGGGGGAGAGUUGAUCAGCUGUGAGCAAAGGCUUUGACCAGAAGUCUUGGGGAACUUAUCAUGACCUGAGGAGAAAUGUCACUUCCUUCUCCUCAAGUCCCUCAGAUGAUUGAAUUGUAUUUUGAACUGCAUUUUUUUCAAGGAAAAAAGUCCAGGAACUUAGUUUUAUGAAAAUAGAAAACGUAACCCCCAGAAGGUGUGCAGAUUGUUGUGUUUAAGCUAGUGCCACACAGCUGUCCUUUUUUAUUUGCCUCAGAGUUUUGCUAAAAAAAGACACCUUAGCUCUAGAAAAAUUCUGCCUCACAAAUGCACCACUGCCAUUUGUGUGUAUGAAGGUUUUUCUGUGGUGAAGAAUAGGAGAAAAGUGAGAUUUAAAAUGGAAACACUUGUUGUAGUCUUAAUUCCAGAGUGACUGUUCCUUUUCCAUAAUUUCUUUCCCAAACCAUUGGAUCCAUGUUUCUUCUUCAUAAGUGGACAUUUAUCAAUAUGACAUUAAACUGUCAUUAAAUUUCUUGCCUUGGGUGCUCUGAAGGAAUUAAUGGUUCAUUAUGUGUAACUGAAACUAUUCCAUAUAAGUCCUUAUAGCACGCUAGUCACAGUAUAUUUGAAUGCCCUCCAGUAGUGUGCUAAGCAACGUGACUAACAUCUGUUGUUUGUUCUUUCUCCUCUCCACGAGGGAAAUGUUUGUGCACUGAAGUGCAUUCUUUUUGAAAGGGUGUUUUGUUUUUUUACCCACACCUGUGUAUUGCUGUGUGCUUCUAAUGGAUAGGAAUAGGUCAUGGAGUGGAAGGUAGGAAAGUUGGAGGUAGUUUGCAGUUCCCAAGGGUGUUUCCUCCGUAGUUUGAGCUGGGCACUGAGAAAGUGCAGUAUUUUCACAUAUGAGAUUUUUUGCUGAUCCAUGGACUGGCACAGAAGCGUGACAUCGAGUUGAAAGUGUACUUACUGUGAAAUAGGUGUCUUGGAUCAAAACAUCCGUUUCUUUUUCUGCCCUCUCUGUAUGGAACUUAGAAUGACUCAGAUGCCCCAAGCAAUACUAAAGUUGCCUGUGUACUGCCUCUAACCAACGGAAAAAAAAAAUGUUUA